GGCAAAAGGAGUACAAAAGUAUGAAACAAGUUGACCCACAGGGCGCAGACGCCCAUGACACCAUCGUCGUUGAGGCCCGCAAUGUCCUUGGCCAUCCCGUGCUCCGUAGCGAGUACGACCGCACAGUCUCUGCCUUCUGGAGUAGCAACAUCAGCUGCAGUAAGGAUUUGACACGGGGUACGGCCACCCUGUCAUCGGCGAAUUCCUCUCGCUCAAUCAACAUGGAAGCCACCACCAAUACCAUGCGUAUAGCUAACGGUCCCUCCAGCGCGGAUAUGAUGUCACUUACACAAUCGGGACUGCCUGAGGACAGCAUCUGGUGA